ACUAAGAAAAGUCAAACAAAACAAAGCGCAUAUUUUUCACCGGCAAAUGUUUAUUUUGUGAAGUUCGCAUCCUGUUUACAGAAAGUGAUUACUAUGAUUUGAUUCUUUUCUUAGAUCUAUAAUUAUGGAAAUCGAAACUACGAAAUCAGAUUUACAUUGUUAUUGUUCGACAAACGAACUUGAACAUGACAUGCUUACUUGUUCCUUUUGCAAGAAAAAUUUCCAUUUGUCAUGCUUAAGAAGUGGACGUCCAUCUCCCCUAGCGGGCGACAUAUAUUUCAAUUUUACAUGCCAAGAAUGUUCACCAAGCAAUACAGAAAUCAUUAGUCGCAUAAAAAUGCACUGGUCGCUUGUAAUUAUGAUAGCUCUGUAUAAUCUUCAGCUGCAAGGCGGUGGUAAGUGUGGGUAUUAUCGUUGGCGUGAACAUAUUUGUCGGUUUAUUGACAAAAAUUGGGCUAUAUUCUUUGGAGAAGAUCGCAAAAAGAGUGCCACAUGGCAUGGAACAGUGGCUGGUGCAUUGUCAAAUUUUUCUAAUAGAUGUUUUGUGUCUGGUAUGGAAGUUUUGGGUGAAACUGGUUGGUGGUCUCUUAAAUCAAGCAAAUUACCCUCUAUUGAAGAAUUGGAUUCAUUGGCAUUGAGCAAUAAAGCCAAUCGUAAACGGCAGAUUCAGUCAGAACCUGAUAGUCCUGUUGUUGAAGGCUCUAGAAAAAAGAAUCAAAACAUAGUGGAAGCAGCAGUUGCAUUGAAGGAGAAGAAAGCAAGUAUUGCUUGUGAUAUUAAGCCUUCAAAGCCCAAGAAAAAACGCACUGAAUCGAAAACUAAAUCAAUGGAUGUGUCAAAUUUCCCAUUCAAACAUAAAUUGAAAUUGGUUGUUUCUCAUCCUGAUGUUUCACCAAGUUCCUCUUAUUUCCCAGAUGAAAAUUCAAAAAAAGGCAUCCCUAAAAUAAUAAUUAAGAAAGAAAAAGACAAUUUACCAAAAUACCCACCUGAAGACUUAAGUAUGUGGAUUAAAGAGCCAUCUAUGAAUUUAGAUCUUAAUAUUGAAAAUGUUCCUUCUGAUAUAUUUGACACAUCAAAUUCAUUGGAUGCCCCAGAAAAUAUCAACAAUUUAUUUGAUGGAGUUUUGUCUGAGAUGAAUUAUGAAAAAUCAAAUUUAAAGCAGGAAUAUGAAAGUGAAGAUGAAAACAGCAACUCUAGUAAAACUGUAGGAACUACAAAGAAACUUCAUCAUCCAGAUACUAGUCGCAAGAGGAAAGCUGUUACCAAAGAAGAAAGCCCAGUGAAAGAAGUAGUUAUGCCUGAUCCCAAAUUUACCUUAAUGAGCCCAUAUGAAGAAGAACAACUGUUGCAAAAAUUAGAAAAUUACUCUACUGCAAUGAAAGAAAGACCUGAAAUAAGGCGUCUUUAUCGAAAGUUAAAGGUUAGGAAACUGAAGCGAGAAAGGAAAUUACCAGUUUUUGACAUAGAUGUCCAGAUGCGUUCUCUUAGAGGUAUGGACCCACCAGAUUAUGUUGAACAUGAAAAUUUGCCUAAACCUACUACUACCGCUUCUAGUUUAAAGACUAUACUUGACAGAUUUCAAAGUAGUCAGUUCAGUGUGUGUGGUAAAUCACAGCAACAUGCAUCUUUUUUCUGUCGCCUUAUGGGUCUAGAAGAUGAAGAACAAUCUAGUAUUGUCAGUCCUUACACCCAGAGAAUCUUGAAACCUUUUAUAUUCAGGGAUUAUCAUGUGAAACCUCUUAAAAUGCAGUUAUUAGGAGAAAUAUUAACUCGUACAAACAAGAAUAAUCCACAAUGGGUUGCACCAAAGCAGAGCCCAGUAGAUUACUGUUAUGUUCGCCCUCAACAUAUUCCUGGUAUUAAUGCUUUAUGCCAUGAAUUCUUCUGGCCUGGCAUUGAUAUGUCAGAAAGUCUUCAAUAUCCAGAUUUUAGUUGUGUUGCUUUAUAUAAAAAAGUAAUUGUUGGAUUUGCAUUCAUGGUACCGGAUGUGAAAUAUAAUGAAGCUUAUAUCACUUUCAUAUUUUGUCAUCCUGAGUGGCGGAGAUGUGGUAUUGCAACUUUCAUGCUUUAUCAUCUUAUUCAAACAUGUAUGGGAAAAGAUGUCACCCUGCAUGUAUCUGCUUCAAGUUCAGCAGUAUUUUUGUAUCAAAAAUUUGGCUUUAAAGUUGAAGAAUUUAUACAUGAUUUUUACGAUAAGUAUUUGCCUCCUGAUUCAAAAGAAUGUCGGCAUGCUUUGUUUUUAAGAUUGAGUAGAUAAUCAUGGUGCACUAUAUGACUGUACAUUGUCAAUGGUUUUAGAUGUAGAAAAUGUAUAAUACUUAAUAUUUAUAUACUUGGAAAGUAUAUAUCUGUAAGUGGGUAAUUUGUAGAAUUUGUGUCAAUAACAUUCCUUUUCAAGUAAAAAAAUAUUAUGGUAAACCAACUUCUUAAUUAUUAUACACUCUAUUGUGUAAGAUAUGCUAAAAGAAAAUUAUAAAAGGAGAUUAAAAGUGAUAAAUCUGGUUGAAUCUUAGUUUAUUCUCAGCUUUUUUUUUUACAUUACAUUUCAUUCAUUAUAUCACCUUGGCAAUAUCUUAUUUCAUUUAUAUUUGAAUAUGUAAAUAAAUCAUAAUUUACAUGUCUGAAUAUCUAUGAUUUGGAAUUCAUGCAUAUCUUUUUAUGAGAAUAGUUCUUGUAAAGUGUUUAAUUUCACUUUGAUUCAUCAU